AUGCAACAAAAUUCGGAGCUUCUAUCUGGGCGUGCCAAGACCACCACCACCACAGUUGAUUUAGCCACCAUGAAACGACGCUCCCUGUCGGGCAACUGCGGUGUUGGAGUGUUCGUGGUCGCACUGGUGACGAUACUGGUCGCGUUUGCCACACCGAGCUGGUUGGUGAGCGACUAUCGCAUUACCGGUGCCAAGCUGGACCGGCUGGGCCUGUGGACGCACUGUUUCCGUUCGUUGCCAGACGUGAACGAUGACUAUCAGCGUCGCUUUUUCGUCGGUUGCCGCUGGGUGUACGACCCGUUCACGACCGGAUACGACGAGAUCCGCGGAUUUCUCAUCCCACCUUUCAUGGUUGCCACGCAGUUCUUUUACACGCUCUGUGCCAUAGGUGUUAUAUUGGCGAUGGUGUUGGUGCUACUGUACUUCCUUUGUGCCGGUCCGGAUCAAAAGUUCUUUGUCAAACUCAUCAAGGCAAUCAGUUACAUAACGCUGGCGGCAUCGAUCUGCGGCAGCAUUGGUGUGAUCGUAUUUGCCUGCUUCGGCAACAAGGACAAGUGGAUGCCGGAACACGCGAACAAUUGGUUCGGAUGGUCGUUCAUCCUAGCCUGCAUCGGUGUUGUUGCGUGUGCCGUUUCGUCCUCGCUGUUCUUUACCGAGGCACACGUCCAGGCCCGUAAACGACGACAGCUGAAGGAAUCACAAACGCAAUUCCAGAUGGACAGCGAGUCGAAGGCCUAA